ACAGGGGCUUUCCUGGGUUUGAUGGGGGGCUGGGUGUGUGAAAGAGCCAAACUUGGAAGAAAAUCAGAAACCUCCCUCUGGAAAUACCCCUUGGGCUGGAAGUUGUGGAGGUCCUGGGGCCGGUGCUGUGGGGGCGGUUCCUACAGGGCUUAAGAAGGGCUGAGGUUGGAGCCGGCAGCCAGACAGAGACAGCCCCGGCCAGCGGCACCCGCUCCUGGAAGGGGGGAAGGAAGGAAAGAAGGGAAAACGAGCCCUGCUGCUGCCCUGUGGGUGAUGGAGCCGGCUCCUGUCCUCCUCCUCGGUUUGCUUUGGGGAUGCAGCGGGCGCCCCGCUGACAGGCUGGUGGUGACACCGCGGGACCCGGUGGUGCCGUUUGGGGGCUCGACAGAGCUGAACUGCUCCUUGGCCUGCGCAGGGGGCAGGGUAGAGUGGAGGGGGCUGGACACCGCCCUGGGGACCAUCUCCUCCUUCUCUACCCACAGCAUCCUGCACAUUAGGCAUGCCACCGUGGCCACGGAGGGCAUGAAGAUCUGCCAGGGCAGCUGCCAAGGGCAGCACUACCAGAAAACCGUCACACUGAAGGUCUACGCCCUCCCAGACACGCUGAGGCUGGAGGCAGCUCCCCACAUACUGCGCCCGGGAUACCCGGCCAAACUGAACUGCUCAGCCAUGCACCUCCAUCCUAUCACUGGGGUGACCCUCACCUGGUACCGGGGGCACCAGGUGGUGGAGAACACACACUUUGAUUCUGAUGAGGCCCAUGAGGAGCUGUACAAUAUCGUUUCCAUCCUGUCUGUGAACGGGACAGAGGUGGCAGAAGGCGUGGAGUUCAGGUGCGAGGUGACGCUACAUGUCGGGAAGGAGACCUUCACCCGGGUGGCAUCUCUGGUGGCAAGUGCCGAGGCUGUGAUGGAGCAGCCAGCAGCCGAGCUCACCUCCAUGGGGAGCCCAAGCACCGCCAGGCCCGUGGUCACCACAACACUUCCUCCAGGGCUGAGUGUCCCUGCAGGUGAUCCCACCACAGCACGGGAGCCCAACACUGGGACCACCCCGGAUCUGGCUGCUGUCACCAACCCCCCCUCCACGGAGUCCUCUGUGUCCCAGGACUUCAUGGCAGGCAGCCCCAUGGCACGUGUGACCACCACCACCCUCCCUGGCUCUGACACGACAGGGACAAAGCCAUCUGCGGGGACAAUUCCUGCCUGCAGCCUGCAGAUCUGGUCGCUGCCUCCCACCGGGACGCGGGGCAGGGCCCUGCGCAUCGAGUGCCAUGCUCAGUGUGCCGGGAACGCCACGGUGGGCUGGCUCUGGACCCCCGCAGACCUCUCGGAGUACCGAGAGGAGUCUGCGGGCAGCAGCUCCGUGCUGCAGCUGGACUGCGCCGAGCCCUGGCACCAGGGCCACUACCAGUGUGUCCUGCUCGGCCGCCGCAUGCAGAUGGUCAGCCUGGAGGUGAUGGUCAUGGACGAUUCCUUCAGCACGAGCCCUGCCAUUGCUCUGGGGACGGCGGGAUCGCUCUUGGGGCUCAUCGUGACAGCUGCCGUGUCUCGACGCCUGUGGAAACGAUUCAGAUCUCGGUGGCAGCUGUCCUAGAAGUGGGAGCAACCGGCUGGUGGCCCCAGCCUUCCAGCCGUGUCCCUGCUGUCCCCCUGUCUGUCGCUGGCCUCACCCGGCCCCUGAUGAGCGAGUGGGAGCAGGAGGGGCAGCAGGAGGAGCUGCUGUGGGAGGCAAAGCCUGUCAGGGCAAUGAGCAGAGGUGACACAGGGACGAGAUUAGGGACGCGUUCGGGACUGGAUCCCCGAGGGCUGGCACCGAACACUGCGCUGGGUCCGGCGCUUGGGGCUCCCGGCACCAGCGGACGGGCGGGAGCUCGAAGGCGGCUUGUCUGUCACGACGGAAAGUCCGAGGCAGCCCCGCGAGGAGCGCGGGCUCGGCGGGCGGGUGGGACCGGUGCUGUAAUAAAGAGCUGUUU